AUGUCAACGUUAACACCAGAAGAGAAAAGACGUCUUUUGAAAGAGCGACGUGCAGCAAAAAUGGCAGGCGGCAAUGCCACCGGCCGGCUCAAUGCCAUUUUGAAUCAAGGAAACUCCGUCAAGUCGUCCACAGUCACUUCUGUGUUGGAUAAGGACGAAUCUCCCAAACCCACAAAUGCCCCCAUUCCAACACCAAUAAGCAAAUUCCACGGCGACGACGACCCUGACACCUCCGACAUCGAGCAGUUGUUGAGUACAAGGGUGUCGCCAGCCCCCAGCCCAUUGGCACCCCAAGACCCCACUGCUAGUGACAUUGACGAGAUGUUCAAGAAGAUGUUUGGAGGACAACUGGGCAAUGGCAGUGGCGACGACCCGCUUACGAGCAUGAUGAUGAGUAUGAUGCAGCAGCUGCAGAAGGACGAAGGGGAUACCACGGGGCUUCAAGACCAGGCGUACGAGGCCCAAUUGCUAAAGUAUAAUAUGUACAAUCUCAAGAAAUUGAAGUACCGGUUUUUGGUGGUGCGGUACUUAAGCGUGGUGGUGAACUUUGUGUACCACUUUUUCGCCCUGACAACGUUCCGUGGGUCAUCCCACGCGUUUUCCCGGGCGGCAGGGAUGUCUGGGUACUAUAACAAUGGGUUUUUUGUGACGUUUGUGUCAUUGGAAGCGGUGGUAUUGUCCAGUUACCUUGUGAUAAGCUCCAGGCGAAAGGCCAGCGAAAACAUCAGCAGCGACAACCUCGUGUUGAAGGUGGUGCUGAUGGCAGCCGCAGUGGUACCGGCGGUACAACGGUUCCAGCCGGUGAUUGUACAGCUUGUCAAAUACUGGGAAGUGCUCAGCAUGCUUGUAGGAGAUUUGGCAUUGGUGGCGGUAUUGUUUGGUCUCACCAGUGUUUUGUAG